UGCAAAGCGUGUCUUCUCACUGUUCUACACUAUCUUUCUUCACUUAUAAAGUGACUUCAGCGCAGCUCAUGGAGAGAAAACCUUAGAGAUAGAGGAAGAAAACAAUGAGAAGAACAUCCCAAGGAGAUUCAGAAGCCAUACUUCAUGUUUUAGCAGUAUUCUAUUGCUUAUGUCUCUCCACUAAAUUAACUACAGGUUUUGCUGUAAACCAAACCAUUAAGCCUCCUGUUCCUGCUGUGAUUUUGUUUGGAGAUUCCAUUCUUGAUUCAGGGAACAACAACAACAUCAAAACAUUGCUCAAGUGCAACUUCCCUCCAUACGGGAAGGAUUUUGUUGGCCAUAUUCCCACUGGGAGAUUUUCAAAUGGCAAAAUUCCUGGUGACAUCAUAGCCUCAAGUCUUGGAGUGAAGGAGCUAGUGCCAGCUUAUCUCAGCCCUAAAUUAGGAGAUGAGGAACUCCUUACUGGGGUGAGCUUCGCUUCUGGAUCUACGGGAUAUGAUCCCAUCACCUCCAUCGUUGCGUCUGUGAUAUCAAUGGAGGAUCAGCUGAAACUAUUUGAGGAAUAUAAAGAGAAAGUUGAAGCAAUAGCCGGCAAGGCGAGGGCGGAGAUUAUAAUAUCUGAGAGCUUAUUUAUUGUGUGCGCGGGUACUAACGAUUUCAUCAACACCUACUUCCCAACUCUCUUUCGGAAACUGCAUUAUGAUGUUCCUUCUUAUGUCAACUUUCUCGUCGCUAAAGCUUCUGAUUUCGUUCAGAAACUGUACAAAAUGGGGGCACGUAGGAUUGGAUUUAUUGGUCUCCCUCCAAUAGGCUGCUUGCCUUCACAAAUAAGUUUUGCAGGAUAUACUGCUCGAGAAUGUGUAGAAGCUCAUAAUCAGGCAGCUUUGCUCUAUAAUUCCAAAAUUAGCGCAGAAAUUAAAAGCUUGGCAACAAAUUUUAGAGACAAAAAGCUUGUCUACAUUAAUAUCUACACAAUACUGUUUGAUAUCAUUCAGAGGCCCUCUCUAUAUGGAUUUGAAGUCUCAGAUAAAGGAUGUUGUGGAACAGGAGCGUUUGAAGUUGGAAUACUAUGCAAUAACAAGUCACAUGUAUGCUCUGAUGAUACAAAAUACAUAUUUUGGGAUAGUUUUCACCCAACAGAAAAAGCCUAUAUGGCUAUAGUAGACAGGAUGCUCCAAGAGUACAUCAAAUAUUUGAUCUAAAUAACUAUAAUGUGUUUCUAUCUUUUCCUUACAACAUUUUUUUUAUCAUAUUCAGUAUGCAUUACCUUUGGAGGGCAAGCUUAUGAUUAACAAAUUAUAUUUCCGUAUGGAUGAUAAAGUAGAAUAAAAGUUUUGUUUAUGCAAAGAAUAUGCAAGUUGCAAUCCAUAUGACAAAGCUGGAAUCCCCAAAAUUUGAGUUUUGCACUCUGUGGACAUUGACAAGUCAAAUGCAUGA